AUGUCACUUCUUCGUGGCGUGCAUAGUUUGAAUUCACUUUCUUGCAAUUCAUCGCCCGAGUCUCUUUCAAAUUCUUGGUUACCUGAUUUUAGUCCAAAAUCCAAUAGCGUUAGAUGGAAAAAGCUGCGCAGAGCUCUGUCUGAUAGCAAUUUGGAAGAACUAGCUUCAACCUCGUUUGAUAAUAAUGAAGUUUGGAGCUCAAUAACAUUGAUUAAUAAAUCUUUAAAUAAGCACCACAAGUCAAUGUUGUACACAGAACCAUCUUUUUCAAUAUAUAAUACGAACGAUAAGUUUGAAGAGAGGGAAAAUGGAGAUUCGGCUGGUGGGAAGCUGGAGAGGAGCGCGACAAUUGGAGAAAGUAUUGAGGGUGAAUUUUGUUUUGGAAAGAACUUAAUGUGUAAGAACGAGGAAGGCGAUAAUGAACAAGAAGAAGAAGAAAGAAAGGGAAAUUUGAGUCAAUUCAAAGAUCUAAAAUUUGAAUUCCAAGGUGAGUCUAAGAGUCGAGUAAUUUAUUACGAUAAAGGGGCCAGGAUUCAAGGUAAUAGUAUUGAUGGAAGUAUUGAACCAUCAUAUUUCAAUGAUGGCGAUGAUCUUGAGAACUAUUACAAGAUGAUGGUUAGGGAAGAUCCUUCCAACCCUUUCCUUCUGAGGAACUAUGCUCGACUUCUGCAGACGAAGGGGGAUUUUUUGGGAGCUGAGGAAUACCAUUCCUGUGCUAUAUUAGGAGACCCUGAAGACUAUCAAACUCUUAUGCAAUAUGCGAAAUUGAUGUGGGAGCUAUAUCGUGACCAAGAUAAAGCCUCUACUUAUUUCGAAAGAGCUGCCCAGGCUGCUUCUGAAGAUAGCCAUGUUCUUGCAGCACAGGCUAGUUUCCUUUGGGAAAUAGAUGACAAUGAGGAUGAAGACCGCUCACCUAAUGACCCGAGUCAGAUUGAAGAAAACACUGCCCCGAUUGACCUUCAGAAAAUGCACUUUGAAGACAAUAAUAUACCAGCUAGACCUCCUUUACACAUAGCAAUGGGGCUGGGAAUUGAUGUGCCUAGUUUCUGUGGUGGCAUUGGUAAUGAUGUUGAGGAAUAUUACUGCAGGAUGGUCGAGGAAAAUCCUCAUAACAAUAUAUUUUUAAGGAAUUAUGCUCAGUUCUUACAUCAGGUUUUAUGUGCACGGUCCAGCUUCCAUAAGUUAGAAGAGAAAUCUGAACUAGGAGAUUAUGAUAUUCUACAAUGGUAUUGA